AUGAGCGAGCCUUCCCGCACCAUUGUGCCCAUCCUACAAACAGUCGCAACCAUUGCGCCGGCCAUAUACACAGGCUUCACUUUCGCAUACAGUCAUGUCGUCAUGCCGCCCCUCAUCACGCAUGCCCCACCAAAACUUCUAGCAAAGCAAUGGCUUCAAGCCUACCAAUUCGCACCCAUCUUCGUCGCUCCCCUUAUCAUGUCGGGAGCUUCGAGUAAUGUUUUACUCGGAUAUCUUUCUAGGGGUUCCUCUUCUUCAGCAACGUUCCUGUACGUUAUCGCGGCGCUUGCGAAUGUUAGUAUAAUACCGUAUACGGCGCUGUACAUGGAGCCUGGGGUAAACGGUGCUGGGAAGUGGAAAGCGCAAGAGAUGUUACGCGAUGAGGGGUUUUCUUUGAAGGGCAUUGGGCAGGGUACAGAUAAAGAUACGGCGAGUGAGGGGGCGAAGAGGUGGGCCGGAAAGGUGGAUAUGAAGACUAUCGCUGAAACUUGGGCGAGAACGAAUGCAUGGCGGUAUGUUAUCACUGCAGUUGCUACUGUAGUCAGCGCGACUGCUACGAUUAUGAGAAGUUAG